AUGGCGAGGGCGGUGCCCUCUAUAAAGUCAGAAAUACAACCGGUGGACAAGACGGAGCCACGUACCCUGUCAGUCAGCAGUAGGCUGAAUACAGAUAUGGCAGCAAUUACCGAUGUUACACUUACGAUUUUCGGCACCAUUGAACCAGAGGCGGAGGCACAACUGACGGAGCAGAUUACAGAGGAGGAAGUGGUGGAGGCCAUUGGUAGCGAAGCUGUGAAUAAAUCGCCGGGACCAAGCGGCCUCCCUUUGUUCAGCAGAGGGGAGGUCAGUGUGGUCGCUUCCCCGUAUCGUCGCCUCCCCGUCUCGCCGCCUCCCCGUCUCGUCGCCUCCACGUAUCGCCGCCCCCUCGUAUCGCCAUCUCCACGUAUCGCCGCCUCCACGUAUCGCCGCUUCCACGUAUCGCCGCCUCCACGUCUCGCCGCCUCCCCUACUCGCCGCCUGCCCGUCUCGCCGCCUCACCAUUUCGCCGCCUACACGUAUCGCCGCCUCCACGUAUCGCCGCCUCAACGUAUCGCCACCUCCACGUAUCGCCGCAUCACCGUCUCGCCGCCUCCCCGUCUCGCCGCCUCCCCGUCUCGCCGCCUCCACGUAUCGCCGCCUCAACGUCUCGCCGCCUCCACGUCUCGCUGCCUCCCCGUCUCGCCGCCUCCAAGUAUCGUCGCUUCUCCGUAUCGUCGCUUCCACGUCUCGCCGCCUCCACGUCUCGCCGCCUCCACGUCUCGCCACCUCCACGUCUCGCCACCUCCCCGUUCGCCGCCGCCUCCACGUACCGCCGCCUCCACGUACCGCCGCCUCCACGUACCGCCGCCUCCACGUACCGCCGCCUCCACGUACCGCCGCCUCCACGUACCGUCGCCUCCACGUACCGUCGCCUCCCCGUACCGUCGCCUCCACGUACCGCCGCCUCCACGUACCGCCGCCUCCACGUACCGCCGCCUCCACGUACCGUCGCCUCCCCGUACCGUCGCCUCCCCGUACCGUCGCCUCCCCGUACCGUCGCCUCCCCGUACCGUCGCCUCCCCGUACCGUCGCCUCCCCGUACCGUCGCCUCCCCGUACCGUCGCCUCCCCGUACCGUCGCCUCCCCGUACCGUCGCCUCCCCGUACCGUCGCCUCCACGUCUCCCCGCCUCCACGUCUCGCCGCCUCCCCGUAUCGUCGCUUCUCCAUCUCGUCGCAUCAUGUCCCCUGCAGUGCACCGAGCUACAGCGUCCUCAGUUCCGAUCAAGGAGUCGCUCUAG